AUGGGCAAUAAUUGUUGUAAAUCUGGUCCAGAUGAAGACGCACUAGAGAAAGAAAGGCUGCGGAAGAGGCUUCUUGCAAAACGUCACAGACAAAGGGUUCAGGCAGCUGGGCAGAUCCAGGCCUGGUGGCGUGGAAUCCUGGUACGUAGGAUCCUGCUGGUCGCAGCCCUCAGGGCCUGGAUGAUUCAGUGCUGGUGGAGGAUGGUCACACAGAGGCGGAUACGUAAGCAGCAGCAGGCCCUGUUGAGGGUCUAUGUCAUCCAAGAACACGCAGCUGUCAAGCUGCAGUCCUGGGUUCGCAUGUGGCAGUGCCGGCGAUAUUACUGGCAAAUAUGCAAUGUUCUCUGCCUAUGCCAGGUCCCAGAGAGCAGCCUCACCUUCCACACUGAUGACUUUUUACAAGUACAAUGCAGAGUCCCUCCAAAGCACCCAGAGUUCCACAUUGAAAUCCUGUCUGUCUGAAAGGCCUGUGGAGUGGAGAACUGGAUGCACUGCCCCAAUAAAUGUCUGA